AUGAAUAAAAAAGAAAUUAAAUAAGAUGGAGAGUCAACACCGUAAACGAAAUCAAGUUUACUUAAAAUUGAAUCGAGAGAAGGAUAAAUAGUAUAUAUAUUUACAAAAUUAUUUGAUCAUCCAAUACGAUAAUAAAUUAAAUUUGCGUUUGGAUAGAUUAAUGUGUUUAUUGAAAAAUAAGGAAUAAAAUGUUUUAAGAGUGAAAUGAAUAGUAUGGAAUGCUUAAAUUAAGGAAUUGAUUGGGAUUAGAAAUACUUUGAUAAAAUUAUUACAUGUUUGGAAAGGCCUGAUAAAGAUUUUAGGUAUAUUAAUAAAUUAUAUUUAUUAGCUACUCAUUUAAAAGAAGCGAAGGGAAUGAACAAGUUCCAUGUGAUUAUGUUUUGAUUUUAUCUGAAAAAGUUCAUAAACUAAAUGAAGUGAUUUUAUUAAGAGUAUAUUUAAUUGAAAAUUCAUCACUUUCAACAUUAGAUCAUUUUUAUAGGAUUUGUAAAGAGAUUUAAGAUAAAAAAGAUGUAGCGUUUAAGAAUUUGGAGGAAAAAUUUACUAAUUUAAGUUAAUAAAGAUAAAAAUUAUAAACUGAUAUUGAAUUUAUAAGCAAUUAAUCAUAAUAGAGAGAAAAGGAGAUUCUAAAAAAAUUUGUUCUUUUAUUAAAUGAAAAGAAAAAAGAAAUAUGCAGAUUAAAUUAAAUAAAUGGAUUAAUAACUAAUUAAAUUAUUGAAGAGGAAUAAUAAAAUAAUUAUAUAAAUGUUGAUGAUUUUUUUGAAGAAAAGUAAAUUCCUGUUAAAAAAUAAUAUGACGAUUAGGGAUAAAACUCUCAAUUUCCAGUCAGUUAAAUAGAUUAAUUUUUAUUCACUUAGGAUACAUAAUUUAAAAAGGAUCUCAAAGAAAUUCCAUCAAAAAAAACGAAAUUUUGA